GGAGAAGAAAGACGAUAACAUUUGGUUAUUGUGACCCGACCGCAAGAGGAGAGGCAAGACGAGAACAUCCAACGGGUUCAAAGAGACUUCGGGGGCAGAUUUUGGAUUUUGAACAUCUGUAAGAAGAGUCCAUCUUGGCACCCUGAUUGACGUGACUGAAUCCCAGCUGGAAGCCUGCCAAGAGGGGAAACACUGCUGCACUGCGCACCCUGCAUGCAGUGAAGACAUUCUGACCAGACUCUGCCUGACUUGGACUCAACAGCACCAUAUGCCAUGGUGGAGACAUCUAGAAGUGCAGUGGACAUUGAUAAAGACAGCUUCAUUGGACAGAAUGCUGCUGUUAUGGGGACCCCACAUGGGCCAAGAAACAGCACCCCACCUGACCAACAGCCAGCAGGUGACACAAAACAAAUCAUUCUGGCCCCAUCAACAGCCACUGCUUUCUACAAUCCACAAAGACAAGGAAGAACGUCUGCAACCAACCAUCAUCAAACUGCUCCACUCCAGUAUGUCUAUCCACAGCCACUAGCCAUAGCUUCAGUACCCCCCCUCCUCCAUUGUUGUUACCAAUGCCACUGGCUAGCCCUUACCUCACCCACCUGUCAACUCUUUCCCUACCCCACCACCACCACCACCCCCACCCCCACCUGUCAACUCUUUACCUCACCCACCCCCACCUCCCUCACCCCCACCUGCACCAGUGAAUGAUGGGGCAUCUACAUCCAAUGCUGCCCAGGGAGCGACUGCUCCGGUAACAAGGCCUAAGAAUGAAAAUGAAAACCAGGCCAGCGAUGGAGGACUGGGAUGCCUGGGAUGAGUCAGCUGACGAGGCACUCAUAUGCCCUGUGCGCACAGUAGCCACCACUGACGGCGUGUCUGUGCUUUACCAACCAGCGAGAACUGACAACACCCUCUAUGCUACUGCCUUGCUUGAAGCACACAUCAAAAUUGAAUUCUUGAUUGAUACUGUCCUUUCAUCCGACCUAUUGAAGAAACACGAAAUACCUCUGUCAGGCAUCAUCAAUACAGCUGGUGGACCAACCGGAAAAAAAUUCAGUCUGAAGCAGACAGCCCCAGUCACCAUAGCCAUUGGAGAAGGAGAUGGAGAAGCCUUGUGGAACCUGAGAAGGCUAAAAAGAGAGGAUCUCCUGGAACAUCCUGCAUGGGCUAAGGGAAGGAAUGACUGUGGACUGUUGGAAAUGGAACCUGUCAGACUGACUGGAAAACCACCUCCGUGUGUGAAACAAUGUCCCAUCAAGAAUGGACAGAUUGUGGCAGAAUUGUUGGAUGCAAUGCAGCUGCCAAAGGAACUGGCAAUGAUCAAAGUAAAGGCACAUACAAGGCAAGACACCAUUGAAGCAAGAGGCAAUGCAAUGGCGGAUGCGGUGUCAAGAACAGCCGCAAGAAAAAGAGAGGGAGGGGAUAACGAAACGACUAACGAGAAUGGACACGGAAAUGGAAACACGGACGGAUCUAACGGUAACAGGAACAUUUUUGAAAAUGACGAUGAGAAAUGCAUGAUGAGAGUGACAAAGAAGGUCAACGAAACAUCUGAAGGGGGAAAACGGGAAAGUUUGGCCAACAUCAUAGACAUGCAGAACAGCUCAAGCCGAGAAGAAAAAUGGAUUUGGAUUGAAAAUGCGGCGAAGCUCCAUGAUGACAACUUGUGGAGGUUUGGAACACGAACAGUGGCUCCAGAAAGUCUUCUGCCAUAUCUGACGGCGCAAAUUCAUUCACUUGGACACGUGGGAGUGGAGAAGAUAAGGAACAGAUUCAUACAGGUCUGGUGGUCACCGAAGUUCACAGCAACGGCCACAGACAUCGUCAAGUGGUGUGUCACCUGUCGGCAAAACAAUCACGACAAGAAGGUUAAGUGGCCAAUGCUGAAGACACCAGCUCCACCAGGACCAUUCAGAGUUCUCCAGAUAGAUUACAUCACUCUUCCCAAGUGCAAAGGCUACCGAGAUGUUCUGGUUGUCCUGUGCAAGUUCUCCAGGUGGAUUGAGGCAUUCCCUGCACGAUCUGGAACUGCACUACACAGUGCCAAAGUCCUCAUGAAAGACAUCAUUCCCCGAUACGGAUUGCCGGAACAGAUCUGCUCAGACAACGGAACACACUUCACUGGAGCAGUCUGUGCCGAGGUGGCCCGCAUGCUGAGUGUGCACUGGUCCCUGAACUGCCCAUACCAUCCAGAAUGGAUAGUGGAGAGAGCGAACCGGACUUUGAAGGAACGGCUGACCAGGAAACAUCAAGAAGGCAUUCCCUGGGUUGACGCCUUACCAGCGGUCUUGUGUAGCAUGUGAGCUACAAGCAACAGAGGCACUGGACUCAGCCCAUUCGAGAUUGUGACUGGCAGGCCUUUCUCGGCACCAGGAACGAUUGAUUUGAGGAAAGCCGACAUCCACCUGACAUCGGAUGCGAUGCUGACUUACUGUGUGCAAUUGACGAAGGCAGUCCAAACAGCGGCUAACCAGGAAGAGGCCUGGGGAGACCCUCAGGAAGGAGGCCAGGACAAUGGGUGAUGAUUCACAAGCCCCAAAGGUUAGCGCUAGGGGCAAAGUACGAUGGGCCAUAUCAGAUUUUGUUGAUAACACAGUCGGCAGUGAAGGUCCAGGGUGAGAGAAAAGUGGAUACAUGCGAGCCAUUGCAAACUAAUAGAACCGCCGGAAACAUGACACGCUUGGGUACGAAUUCUAUCUGAGUUUCCGCCGAUCUUCUUUUAGGGGUGAAGUGUGAACUAGAGGGGGGAAGAUUCACGGGAGACUUUCAUUUUGACAGGGAAUUUAUGACGUCAGGAGAAAUGAAAGGUUAGGGAUCCGAGAGUAGAAUCUUUCUUUGAGAACCCGAGCUUGCUCAGAGUGCUGUGGUAGUGGACUCUUCUUGACACAAACUCAUGUUAUGAAAAAUUAUAGACUUAGAUAAGUCUUAUAAUUGAUUUUGAUUAUUAAAUAUGUGUAAUUACUGAUAUAUGAAAUGUUUAAUCUAAAGGAUACGAUUGCAAUUGCCGAUUUUUGAGAAUGAUUACAGUUAAGCUAGAUCGAGAGGGGGGAGUAAUCCUGUAGUCCUGGUUCUAGAGGUGGGUUUCUGGGGACACCUGUAAGGGAGCUGAACACGCAGCAACGGGUUAACUGGGGACUCACUGGGGGACCAGGGUUGGGAAGAUGCUACACCCCUAUAAUAGAUGAUUU